AUGGAUCUCCUGAGAGAAGGUAUUGACACUCUCACUCUACCCUCCGGGCGCAUUUUAGCAUGGAAGGUAUAUGGUGGUUCUCUGAAUGAAGAAAGCACCGCUCUUCCCGAUGUUGUCUUCUAUUUCCACGGAUUUCCUGGAUGUUCCUCUGAAGCGUCUCUCAUACCAACAGAGCUCCUUCAGGAAAGCAACCUACGCUGCAUCGCGCCUGACCGACCUGGUAUGAACAUGUCAACCGACUAUGAUGAGCGCCGGAUCUUAGAUUGGCCUGGAGAUGUUCUCGCCAUCGCAGAUCACUUGCACAUAUCUCGGUUUUUUGUCCUUGGCGUCUCGGGAGGAGGGCCGUAUGCCCUUGCCUGCGCCCAUUCCAUAUCCCGAGAUCGUCUUCAAGGCGUUGCAGUUGUUAGCGGGAUGUACCCCACUACCUUUAAUAUGGAAGGCAUGCUUCCCGAGUUGAAGGUUCUCCUCACAGCGGGCGCCUGGAUGCCAAGAUUCGCGACCGGGGCAAUGCUAGACCUGUCAAUGGGUCGCGCUGCGAGAAAUAAGGAUCCACGGGUAUUGGAAGCGGCAGUCGACAAAGCGAUGGCGGGGAGACCAGAGGCAGAACGCAUGGUGUGGAAGGACGAACGGGUGAGGUUCGCAGCUAUUCAGUCAGUCCGGGGGGCUUUCCAACAGGGUGGAAGACCCUCAGCCACAGAGUUAAUGAUCUUAUGUGAUUGGGGGUUCCAAGUUCAGGACAUAUCGGGAGAGGGCAUCCGACUGUGGCAUGGCAAGCUUGACAGAAAUGUGCCGUUUUGCAUGGCGGAACAAGCCGCCCGGCUAAUGUCCGAAGCUCAGACCCAUUUCUUUGAGGAUGACGGGCAUCUUAGCUUGUCGGCAAAUCACAUCUCUGAGAUCAUAGCCGACCUUAUUACUCCGUCGGUGAGACAAUAA